AUGCGGUCAUGGUCGGAGCGGCAACGCUUGCCACCCUUGACCGAAAGACCCGCUUCUCCAGAGGGCCGUAAAUCGCAGCCGCAGAGCAUGCUGUCAACGGGCGUUGUGGCUCGCAGACGUCAGGAGCCACUCCGCCUGGACCCUCUUCGGCAUACACAAGGCGAUUGCCUGGCCUCCCUUGGCAAGCUCGACAAGGAGCCAUUCCGGCAAUCCAUCCAGGUGCUUGGAAGAGAGCGGCAGCGCAGAGAUGGCAAAGCAUUAGCCGCAGAGCUAGCAGGCCCGCCCCCGACCACCACCCAGGAGCCAGUGGAGACCCGCUGCAAAGCCCAGGCAGUCGCAUCUCUGCAAAGGUUCUUCUUUGAGGAGCUAAAGGGUUGUGGAGACGUGAAUGCCGCUGCUGCCUCGGCCCUGCGCCGAUUGGCCGACGAGGGCUCAUCGGACGUGCUUGCUGCUGCUGCCUCCCCCAGUGAGGCAACUUCGGCCGGGGACGACUGA